UCUGCUCUGUCGCCCAGGCUGGAGUGCAGGAAUGCAGUAGUGCGAUCUCAGCUCACUGAAGCCUCUGGCUCCCGGGUUCAGGCGAUUCUCGGGCCUCAGCCUCCCUAAGUAGCUGGGAUUACAGGCACCCGCCACCAAGUCAGGCUAAUUUUUUUCUUUUUUCUUUUCUUUUCUUAAGAGUUUCACCAUGUCGACCAGGCUGGCCUCGAAGUCCUGACCUCGUGAUCUGCUCACCUCAUCUUACUGGUUUUUCUAAAUCUGUUGGUUUGAGAAAAUUUUACAUAAGCUUUUUAUGGGUGGCGCUCCAAAUUGGCAUGGUGGAAACAGAGACGUUUCACUCCUGUCACUCCCAAUUCAGCAUCUGUGUACUUAAAUAAAGCAGUACUAUAUUAUAACAUACUUAAAGAUAAAUGUUAAAUAAGUGCAUUUAUCUCCUUAGGAAUAUCAGAUUUGAGAGAUAGCAUGAGGAGUUGGAAAAGAGGGGCAGGAUAAUUGACUAGUAGAUCUUCUUUCAUUUCCUCUUUGCUAGAGGCUGGCUUACUAGAGAAGGCUGAAAAGGGUAAAUAUGUGGGAAGAGUUGGUGUUUCCUUGACUGUAUUAAAAGGUGAUAAAGAUUUUCACUGGAGUGUUUGGUUGUUGAGACAGCUGUGAUUUUUAAAAGUAAAUUUUCUGGUUUCCCAAUUUUGUUUAUAUUAUCUGCAUGGAUAUUGUAUCUGAAGUGAAACUUUGUUUUUGUUUUUUUUUCUAUUUUGAAGGAAGAAAUGGAUAAUUUUUGCUGAAUUUCUUCCUUGUAGACCUAGUUCCAUUAUCACUUGUUAGUUCACUGUGCUCAAGUCCACUUCUGUGUUUAGAUUUAAAGCAAAUGCUUCAGAGGCUUGCUUCUUCCAUAACCCAUCUUUCUUUAAAUGGAUUAGUAGCUUAAUUCAGCUUGCUAAUAUUCAUGGCAUUAUCCCCACUAACUUUGCUGUUUAAAUCACUGCUUUAAAAAUGUCUUGAUUAACAUUAAAUAUUUUGUGCUUAGAGGUAUAAUAAACACUGUAGUUAAAGGAUUUUAAAUUGCAUGCACUUAUUUUGAGUAACAGAAAAGCACCUAGACACUAUAAGCUUAUUGUUUUCAGGAUACAUUGCAUUGAAAACAUUUCUGAGUUUUGGUACUGUUGUAGGUAAGUGUUACAAACCAAUGAAAUAAAAAUACCUGAGAAUUUUUCUUAUUCUGUAGGAUAAUUUAAUGACUUGGAAAAACCUUAAGGCCAUUCAUUCACUACUUAGUUCUGAGCAUUCUUCUCACAUAAUAGUUUAUCGUUUGGAAGGGUGUGAAGUGCAUAAGAACAGCCAAAGGAUGGCUUUUAGGAAACAUUUUGGGAUCAGUUGAAUCCUCUUGAAAUUAAAUCAACUGAAUGAUACUUUAAAAAGUUGAAUUUUCAUGCGUUAGAUCAUAUUUGGGUACUGAAAGUACUCUGAAGUACAUGUUGUUUUUGCACAUUGUAAUUAUAUUUAGGGCCAGGCACGGUGGCUCACUCCUGUAAUCCCACCCAGCACUUUGGGAGGCUGAGGCGGGCGGAUCACUUGAGGUUGGGAGUUCGAGACCAGUUUGACCAACAUGGAGAAACCCCGUCUCUACUAAAAAUACAAAAUUAGCUGGGCGUGGUGGCACAUGCCUCUACAUCUAGCUACUCUGGAGGCUGAGGCAGGAGAAUCUCUUGAACCUGAGAGGUGGAGGUUGCGGUGAGCCGAGAUCGCACCAUUGCACUCCAGCCUGGGCAACAAGAGCGAAACUCUGUCUCAAAAAAAAAAAAUUGUAUUUAAACUAAAACCACCAGUAAAGCAUAAAUACUUUAAAGUUCUUGUUGAGCAAGAUCACCGGGUUGACUCUUAAGGCUGGUAUUUAUUCAGCCAAGUGUUUGUUGAUCUUCUGAGUGUUUUAAAGGGUUUCAGCAGUUGACGAGACAAUGGGAAUGGAGGCAUUGCUUUAAUUUAAAAAGAAGAAGAAAAAGUUGUUCUUCGAUGCUGAGAAAUGAAUCCUAGAAUGUAGUUAGUUAAUUCUUCAGGAACUUGACCCAGCUGGUGAAUUUUGGCUCCCCCCGCCCUUCCAGUAGCUGGUCUGUAUUUUACUCUUUUGCCCAAGAUAGAGUGGUGGGCUAGGUUUCGUCUAGGCAGCCCUGAUGAAAAUAUUUAGAGGAGACUGUUGGAAUGAGCUGUUUUUAAAUGAUGUUGCUUAAAUUACAAGUGGAUAGUUCUGUGGAAAUUAUAAUCCCUUUCUUCUCUAAGAAUUCAAUUGUUUUUUUCUUUCCCACCUCCCAGAGGAGAAACAGUGAUCCAUUCUGUGUUGUUGGUACAUGCUAGCUAUAGAAUGAUUAAUUUUUCUAUGUUGUUGAAUGUUUAGCAAAUUGUAUGUUUAUCAUUGUAUUAUGCUUGACAGUAAACUAUAUUGCUAAAUGAGACUUUAGAGAGAGUUUUUUAAAUUAAUUUUUAUGGUUGACUGAUUUUAUGUCUGGUUUAAAAACUCUUACCCUUUUUGUUUAAACUCUUUGGAAAAUUUUCAUGAAAUAUUUCAUGUGUCUUCCUUUCUUGGUACCGUGGACAUAACUGCUUCUUUGAAAAUUCUGCAGUACGUUGGGUUUGAUAUGAUGUCACUAAACAAUGAUAUGUCAUCACUGUGCAAGGAGACGCAGGUCAGAAUGGAAAUGGGCUGCAGAUCGGGCAGCUAUUGUCAGCCGCUGGAACUGGCUUCAGGCUCAUGUUUCUGACUUGGAAUAUCGAAUUCGUCAGCAAACAGACAUUUACAAACAGAUACGUGCUAAUAAGGGGUUGAUAGUUCUUGGGGAGGUACCUCCCCCAGAGCAUACAACAGACUUAUUUCUUCCACUUAGUUCUGAGGUGAAGACAGAUCAUGGGACUGAUAAAUUGAUUGAGUCUGUUUCUCAGCCAUUGGAAAACCAUGGUGCCCCUAUUAUUGGUCAUAUUUCAGAGUCACUGUCUACCAAAUCAUGUGGAGCACUCAGACCUGUCAAUGGAGUUAUUAACACUCUUCAGCCUGUCUUGGCAGACCACAUUCCAGGUGACAGCUCUGAUGCUGAGGAACAAUUACAUAAGAAGCAACGACUGAAUCUCGUCUCUUCGUCAUCUGAUGGCACCUGUGUGGCAGCCCGGACACGUCCUGUACUGAGCUGUAAGAAACGGAGGCUUGUUCGACCCAACAGCAUCGUUCCUCUUUCCAAGAAGGUUCACCGGAACAGCACAAUCCGCCCUGGCUGUGAUGUGAAUCCCUCCUGUGCACUGUGUGGUUCAGGCAGCAUCAACACCAUGCCUCCCGAAAUUCACUAUGAAGCCCCUCUGUUGGAACGUCUUUCCCAGUUGGACUCUUGUGUUCACCCUGUUCUAGCAUUUCCAGAUGAUGUUCCCACAAGCCUGCAUUUCCAGAGCAUGCUGAAAUCUCAGUGGCAGAACAAGCCUUUUGACAAAAUCAAACCUCCCAAAAAGUUAUCGCUUAAGCACAGAGCACCCAUGCCGGGCAGUCUGCCAGAUCCAGCUCGUAAGGACAGGCACAAAUUGGUCAGCUCCUUCCUAACAACAGCCAAGCUGUCCCAUCACCAAACCCGGCCUGACAGGACCCACAGGCAGCACUUAGACGAUGUGGGGGCCGUGCCCAUGGUGGAGCGAGUGACAGCGCCAAAAGCAGAGCGCUUGCUCAACCCACCGCCACCCGUGCAUGACCCAAACCACAGCAAAAUGAGAUUGCGAGACCAUUCAUCUGAGAGAAGUGAAGUGUUGAAGCAUCACACAGACAUGAGCAGUUCGAGCUACUUGGCAGCCACCCACCAUCCUCCACACAGUCCCUUGGUGCGACAGCUCUCCACCUCCUCAGACUCCCCUGCACCCGCCAGCUCUAGCUCACAGGUUACAGCCAGCACAUCGCAGCAGCCAGUAAGGAGGAGAAGGGGAGAGAGCUCAUUCGAUAUUAACAACAUUGUCAUCCCAAUGUCUGUUGCUGCAACAACUCGCGUAGAGAAACUGCAAUACAAGGAAAUCCUUACUCCCAGCUGGCGGGAGGUUGAUCUUCAGUCUCUGAAGGGGAGUCCUGAUGAGGAGAAUGAGGAGAUUGAGGACCUAUCCGACGCAGCCUUCGCCGCCCUGCAUGCCAAAUGUGAGGAGAUGGAGAGGGCACGGUGGCUGUGGACCACGAGUGUGCCACCCCAGCGGCGGGGUAGCAGGUCCUACAGGUCAUCAGACGGCCGGACAACCCCCCAGCUGGGCAGUGCCAACCCCUCCACCCCCCAGCCUGCCUCCCCUGAUGUCAGCAGUAGCCACUCUUUGUCAGAAUACUCCCAUGGUCAGUCCCCUAGGAGCCCCAUUAGCCCGGAACUGCACUCAGCACCCCUCACCCCUGUGGCUCGGGACACUCCGCGACACUUAGCCAGUGAGGAUACCCGUUGUUCCACGCCAGAGCUGGGGCUGGAUGAACAGUCUGUCCAGCCCUGGGAGCGGCGGACCUUCCCCCUGGCGCACAGUCCCCAGGCGGAGUGUGAGGACCAGCUGGAUGCACAGGAGCGAGCAGCCCGCUGCACUCGACGCACCUCAGGCAGCAAGACUGGCCGGGAGACAGAGGCAGCGCCCACCUCGCCUCCCACUGUCCCCCUCAAGAGUCGGCAUCUGGUGGCAGCAGCCACAGCUCAGCGCCCGACUCACAGAUGAGCGGGAGACAGGCAUCUAAACAGACUCACUAACUAUUGGCAUUAAAGCUUCAGAAAUCUCUGCGUUUGAUAUUCAAACAUCAUAUGCCGGAAAUUUUCACAGUUUUUAGUGAACUUAAGGAAUUUAGAUCCUACUUUGGUAUUUUUUUUUUUCUUGUUUUAAUUUUUGUUUUGUUUUUGUUUCCAUGUUUUCUUGUCACACACCUGAGCACUUCCUCCUGUUGGCAAACAGAAGUUCAGGAUGAGACCCUGCUGGCCUGGUCCUGGCACAUCCUCUGCACUGUUGAAUCACUGGACUUACGGAUCUUAGAUGACCACCCCCUCCCUCACACCUGUGGGCAGGGCAGAACAGCCUGGCGGUCAGAGGGCUACAGUUGAGCCUGGCCUUCUUGAGCUAGGGUGGAAUGGGGCAGGGUGUUCUGGACUCUUACCCCCUCCCCUCCCAUCUGUGGCUUGGCUCUGCUGUGGCCCUCCUGGCUGGGUCCCCUUGGUUUUUCGUGCUGGAACAUCCCCACCAGAGCCUCUCUGCCAUAACUGCCAGCUGCUCUCCCCAAGUGCUCAGCUGGCAGAACACCUUUCCUUUCUCACCCAGAACUUAGAGACCGAUUUUUUGUUUCAUCUGCAUUUGGUCUUCUCUGUUUUGACUCUUUCACUGCAGUAACCUGGCUGUGGCUGCUCAGGUUCCCCUCCCCAUGCCCCUUGGUACCCUUCCCUGUCUGCUCUCCCAUGCCAUGUACACACCCACAACCCGUCCUUCCACUUGGAAUGUUUUUACCACCUAUCCUGAUGUUUGAAGGUAGGGUUAGGACUACUUAACCUCUAUUCCCACUCCCCUGCAAACUGGGGGUUGUGGGAAGUGAGCAGCCAUCUCCCUGUGUGAUUUUUUUUUUUUUCCCCUCUGAUUUACUUUGCCAUGUUUCCUUCACAUCCAGAUCCCUGUCGGUGUUAGUUCCACUCUUGGUCUUUCACGCUCCCCUUGCCUGUGGAACAUUGUCUGGUCCUAGCUGUGGUUCCCAUUGUUCCCCCUUCACCCUUCUCUGUUAACCUUGUGCCUGUCUCCUGUAUGAUCACAUCACCAAAAAGGGGGAGGGGGGAGAAGACUUUUUUUUUUUUUUUUGGCCAUUUUGUAAUCGUAUAAAAAUAGUAGACAACUGCUUAAUGGUUGGGGUUUUUUCACAAUUUUCAACAUUAGUGAUUUUUUUUUUCUGUUUGCAAGUUAAAGGGUUUGUCAUUGUUUCUUUAAAAAAAAAAUACAAUAAUGCACCAUAUCCCUAUGCAUAAAGUGCUUCUUCUAUUUAUAAGGUUGAAAAUUCUGAAUAACCCUUUUAGCAUUGAAAAAAAAAAAACAAAAACAAAAAAUGAAAAAAAAAAACCCUUGUAUUUUGUAAAUAUUUUCUUUUCCUGCUUUGGAGCUGUGUAAUGGCAGCGAAACAUGUAGCUGUCUUUGUUCUAUAGAAAUGCUUUUCUUCAGAGAAGCUGAUCUUUGUUAAUGUCUUGAUUCUGUUCGCAAAGCACAGACUAGUGCUUAAAAAAAAAGAAGGAAAAAUUGAAAAAAAUAAAAAAAAAAAAGUUACAGAAUGCUGUGUGCCAGCCUUUCUUGACGCACGGAGCUGUGUAUGCAUGGUAGCGUUGGCAGUUCCAGAGCUGGCUCUCUGCCGCCAUUCUUUGGGGUACUGGGUACUCUGACUUGCUCUAUACCUUGGAAAAUCUCCAUUCUGUCUUGUGGGAAUGCUGCAGGUUCAUCUGAUGGCCACCAGAGAGAGAAUGGUGGUGGCUUUUCACUGAGGGUAAGGGCUGCCAGGGGAUCUGCAUUGAUCAUCUCCUUUUUCUUUUUGUUGAGUGAAAGCAGUUGAUCUACUUUCUCUCUAGUGAAGCCAGCUGUAUCAUAUUUUCUGUCUGUUCUAAGUUGCUCUUUAAAGGAGAUUUUGCUUCUCACCGUUAAAUUUUUCUGAGGUUUGGUGGGGUCAGUGAGAUACAUAAUUUGCUUAGAGCCUGGAUUGGUUCUUGCCUGCUGCCUGAGAUUAUAGCAUCUUUCUUCUGAGGAGGUUACAUGCUUUUCUUUUCUUUUUUUUUUAUUGUUUGAGAUGGGAUCUUGCUCGAUUGUCCAGACUGGAGUGCAGUGGUGCAAUCUUGGCUCACUGCAGCCUGGAUCUCCUGGGCUCAAGAGAUCCUCCCACCACAGCCUCACCAGUAGCUGGGACUGUAGGCAUGUGCCACCAUACCCAGCUAAUUUUCGUGGUUUUUUUGUGGAGAUAGUGUCUCACUAUGUAGCCUAGGCUGGUAGGUACUUUUCUUUGUCCACGAUGAAUAAGUGGGUGGGGCUGGUUCUCCCUCUGCUCUCUUCUUUGCAUGGCAGUCAAGCUGAAACAGCCAGUGAGGCUGUCUCUUGUGGCUCUGAAAACCAUGCUUUCUGAGAUAGCACUUCUCUUUUGCUGGCCUGUUGCUGCUUUUGUAGCUGCAGUUAAAAUCUGUUUUACUUAAACAUCUGCCUGCAGUGGCAAAUACGUCAGGAAGAGCAAAGAAAAGUAGUAUAUUUUGAAACAAUCUAAGGAUUCAGUAUCAUGACCUUGGCAUAGUUACUAAGGAAUAAUAUGAUGGAUUGCUCUUUUGUUUUUGUUUUCCUUUGUGGCAUUGCUACGAAGACGCUAUCUGGUGUCCCUAUCUUGGUUUAGCAGAAAUACUCCUCAAUCUCUAAUAAGGUAACAAAGGAAAGAAGGCAGCUCUGUAAACCUAGCAGGAAUCUAAGCCAUUCAUUAAGCUGAUUGGCUUAGUGUUCUGCUCCAGCCCCAGGCCUCUGGACUAAAUUUCCAGGGACGAAAGAUCCCAUAUCCUCAUCCCCAACCUUCUCAGGUUUGCAUACACUGGUACCGGUCUUGCAAACUGAGUGCUGCAUCGUGAGGUCAGUCACAAGGCUUUGUGUUGCCCUUUGAAUUGGACUAGGAUGGUUUGCCAGCAUCACAAUGAGAAGCAACUGCAAAUGAGCAAGUCUGAAAACUCUCACCUUCAGGGCCCCAGAGAGCGCUGUUAAUCCUGACGUCCAGCUUUUAUUAAUACUGUCAUUUCCUGUUCUGAGCUAAAUUAUCUAUAAGGGUGGGUGGGAAAGAACUUAAAAAAUAGACAUGUUAUAUCACUUUCUUGUCCUUGGAAUCCAUGAAUGGAGACCUUAUUUAAUCAGAGUAAUAACUUUAUUUCCAAAUUCACUUUUACAGGAACAGUCAGUGUAAAUCAUUUGUUAAAACACACAAUACACUAUAUAGACAUUCACAGACAGAAAGCUAAGCUAAGAUGAUUUCAUGUCCCUCCCCCCACCCUCACAAUUACCGAAUAAAUCAUGGGACUUGCAAGUGCCAGAAAUUGUCCUGCUCAACGUGGCAAACUCAUGGGGCUAAGUCUAUUAGGAGGUGAGACUCUAGGCCAGUGCCCAGGGUAACCCUUUUCAAAGCUGAAGAGAAAUCAGAAGUCUUAUGAAGCCACAGGUCUGUAGAUGGGACACGCUGGUGAUCACCUCUGCCCUUGCCCCGACCUCGUGGCUUUACUUGGAGAACAAAGAUGAGGAGGGUGAAGUGAGUGAUCUCAGCUGCCAGAAGCACAGGCUGUGUGUCUGGAGCCAGUGUGAGAGGUGGCACAGAGGUGCCAGCGGCUUAGAGGGAAGGAUGUCAGGGUCUUAGGGAGGUAUGAUUGUGGGCUUAGGACCCCUGAAAGAGGGCAGCAGGCCAAAGCAACCAGAUGUCCAUAUUCCUGCGCCUGCACCUGGCUGGGGAGGGAAUGGGGAACUAGCCAGCUGCCUGGGAAAGCCUGUCAGUGGAAAAGAGAAACCCCAAGGGCCUCUAACCCCGUGGCUGCUCCCUCCCUCUAGCAAAUGUGGUUGAAAUCAUGAAAAGAGUUACGAGGCACUUUAAGUGCUGCACCCCAAGAUCUCCCUUUGCCCAUGUUAACUAUCUUACACAUUCCUCCCCCCACCCCCCAUAGCACAACAAGCAAUAGCAAACAGGAUACAGUCUCACCAAUGAAGUCAAUUUAAAUGGAACUAUUGAUAAAGUGAGUCAACAGCUUGAAGGAGCCGGCAUACAGUAUAUCCUAUGUAGCCCACCCAAGGACACUGGCUCUGCAGGUGGGAGAAGUGAGGGGAGGGGUGAAGUGCCCAGCCCUGGGGGGAUUGUCCUCAUUUAAGGUCACAAGCCAGCGUGCCUUUGCAAUUUAUCUGCCAGCACUGAUCACCCUAAACCAUGAUCUUAGGCUGGCCUCAAGAUCCUGCCCCACAAGGGGGAGAUCCCAGAGCCUUCCGUAUAAGGCCCAUGGUGCACAAGAGCAGGGCACAAGAACUUCAGGAAGAGGAACCGAGGUGCGUGAAGAAAUGUGGCCGAAACUGUUGGCAGUAAUGAGGGGGGCAUAUCUCUAACCACCACCAAAUCUCUACCCCACAUUUCCUUCUCCUUCUCAGCUCUCUUCAACUUAGGAGAAUUGCUGGGACUCAGCGAACAGCAGGGAGGCUCUUGGUGGAGAGUUCUGGGCCCAGAGACUUCCUUGCAGGGAAAGCUCUAGCUGCACACGAAGCUGCCAGCCCUAGGGGAGGCCCUGGAUUUCUACUGCCAAGUCCCUCAGGGUUGCCUUUAACUGUACCCAAACCAGAAGUGGCAGAAUUGGGUCUGAGGCUGCUGAGUUUCUUUAGGCAGCAAUGUUUUGCAAAGGCGGCUUCCCUUUUCUCAUGGCAGCAGAUGGAGUUUGUGCAAGGUCAGCGGGCCGAGGUGCUCUGGUCAAGGCUUUGGGAACAGUGUCUCCUGACUUGUCAUCCUUCCUCAGGCAGGCAGCUCGGGCCUCUAGAGCAGAUCCAGGACAGGUAAUUCACCCCAAUCCCUGCUGUGGUCGCAGGGCCCUUGGUGGGAGGCUGGGCUGCCCCUCCACAGGGCGAGCUUGGAGAGGAACCCAGUCUGAGGGGUGGGCUGAGGCUCACGGAGCUUCUGGGAGCUGCAGAUCCCCCCAGCUGGCACUGGCUUCCUUUUUCUUGUGAUGCAGGAGUUGUAAGCCUCCGUUGGGACUGCUGUGAGACUUCGGGCUAUGACCAGAGAGAACCAUCCUCGUGCCGCAAGCCAGACCAGCCACAAGACCUACUCUGUGCCCUGACACAGGGAGCCCCAAGGGGAAGUAGGGAAGGGGACAUCAUCGCUUCAGUCCUAAUCCUGUGCUUCAGGCCUUCUUCACAGCUGAAUGGCCUCCUUAACUGCUAGAAUCUGGUCGCUGUUGGGUCCCAGAUGCUGAGGAAAGCCUUUCAAAACUUGGGAGGCCCCAGCAGGGUGGCGCCACACAGGCCACAUGAGUCCCAGCGUGGGGGUGAGAGACACCUCGUGAGGGUGGGUUAGAAACCUCUUUACAAGCAUUUCAAGAUACAUGCGUCCUUUUUUUUUUUUUUUUUUUUUUUUUU